GGAAGGAGGCAGCGCGUCAGCUGCGGGUUCGGUGUAACAAGAUUUCUGCGCUCGGGCACAGCCAUCCGCGAGACCUGGCUGGGGCAUUCCAGCAUUGUUCGCAUCUCCUCGUGAUCUUCAGCCUUAGCAGCAGAUCAACUUAAGCCCCAGCAUGCAGGAUCCUAAUGCAGACACGGAAUGGAAUGACAUCUUACGUAAAAAGGGCAUCCUUCCUCCAAAGGAAAAGCUGAAAGAACAAGAACAGGCUGAAGAGGAGAGGGAGCUACAGAUCCUCCAGCAACAAUCAGUUGUGAAAACUUAUGAAGACAUGACUCUGGAGGAACUCGAAGAAAACGAAGAUGAAUUCAAUGAGGAAGAUGAACGUGCUAUGGAAAUGUACAGGCAGCAAAGGCUAGCAGAAUGGAAAGCAACUCAAGCAAAGAAUAAAUUUGGACAAGUUUUAGAGAUCUCUGGACAGGAUUAUGUCCAAGAAAUUACCAAAGCUGGCAAGGAUAUAUGGGUGAUAUUGCAUCUUUACAAGCAAGGUAUUCCCCUCUGUGCCUUGAUAAACCAACACUUAAAUGGACUUGCCAAGAAAUUUCCAGAUGUCAAGUUUGUCAAAGCCAUUUCUACAACCUGCAUACCCAACUACCCUGAUAGAAACCUCCCCACCAUCUUCAUCUACCUCGAAGGGGACAUUAGGGCCCAGUUUAUUGGACCACUGGUGUUUGGAGGCAUGAACCUGACAAGAGAUGAAUUGGAGUGGAAGAUUUCUGAGUCUGGCGCCAUCAAGACAGACCUGGAGGAGAACCCCAAGAAGCAGAUCCAGGACCAACUGAUGACUUCCAUCAAGUGCUCUGUUCCAACGAGGAAAGAAGACAGUGACUCGGAUGAUGAUUAAGGUGUCCUACACAGAGUCCAGUGCUAUGCCUGGUUACUCAGAAGUUAGUCUUGACAAAAUUCCGUGGGGCUUAGUGAAUUCAGUGGGACUUCCUUCCAUGUAAGAGCACAUAAAUGCAGCCUAAUAAAUACCACUGGUGGAUUUUCUUUUCUAAAAGAAAUUAUGGUUGUGUAUAAGCUUGCAGAGGGUUAAAUUGGAAGGAGUUUAAAAUGUUUAUUGAUGAAUCCCAGGUCAGUUACCACUGGAGGAACUAUGGCAGACAUUUGCUAUAGUGGAAUGAAUACCAACACUAAUUUGGCGCUCAUGGUAUUUGUGUGUCCUCUUAUGAGUAACUGCUGAUUUUCUCCCCUCUGCACCACAAUCAUUUUAACCAUUAUACUGUGUAGUCUUUGUUAUGCUUCUGCCAUAGGUAAAGAACUCCACUACACUCAGAAACAGGCUGUGAUGCAAGACUUGAUCCUUAAAUAAAAAUACAUAAUUAUUUUUUAAACAGUUGUAUUGUAUUGAACAUUUUGAAUACUUUAAAGGUGAAAUCCAGUGAUGGUAGGUUAAUAUUACCAGCAAGAUUUCUGCAUUAUAGUGGGAGUUUUUGUAAAUUUAUUUUAAAAUCCUGAAGGCUCACAAAGCUGUUGAAUGUCUAAAGGAAAUGCAACAUGUUUUAAUCUGAUCUUGAAACAUGUCCUGAGGAUGUUUUUAAACAGUAACAUCUUUUUUCCUUUAUGUUCUUGAUUUUGCACAACUUAAUGGCUGUGCCUCUUUUCCCCACUCACUGAAUGAAGCAGUACAAUUCAGUCGUGAAUUAUUAGUAGGUAACUUAAUAACAGCUGUUAACUAUAUUUUAUGUUGUCUAUAAAAGUUGUAAUAAAAUUAUGCAAUAAAAUGCAGUGACUCUUCAA